AAACAACCCACCGUCAAUUAGGGAAAAAAGCCCAAAAGAGCGUCAAGGGCUUGGCCCAUGAAGAGGUUGUAAUCGUCACCUCCUCCUCCUGCCCUCGCCCGUUUGCCUCACAAUCAAAAUCAAAAUUUGAAAAAUCACCCAAAUUCAAAGUUCCAAUUUUGAAUUUCUACUCUGUAUAAUGGUGAAAAACCCUUCGUCUUCCAGGGUUUUACCCAGUAAUAAAUCCUCAAAAUCGGCGGUCAAUGGUGCUAGAAAGAAGAAGAAACCACGGAGGAAGGUCGCUUCAAUGGCGGAAAAAGAAAUCAAAGUGAUUGAUAUCGACGAUUCGUACCCUUCACCCGACCGUUGGGUGACGCCUUUGAGAUCCGUUUUCUGUCUGAAGAACAGGGAUCAGAUAAAGCGGGCCGAAGAGAAUGAGGAGUGUUUCAUCCUCGAGUUCGAUCCAUACGAUGAUAUGGAGGGGCUAAGGUCCCCAUUGUUAAAGGGUUCUGAUGAUGCCGAGGCUGAUUUGCUGGUGGUGGCUGAAAAGGGGCAGGUAGCUUGCAGAGAUUAUCCUCAUUCACGACACAACUGUGCGAAACAUCCUUUUGAAACGACUACUCAUGAGAGUCACUGUGAAAUGUGUUUCUGUUAUGUUUGCGAUUUAUCUGCUCCAUGUUCGAAGUGGGUCGGAUCCCAUUGCCAUGCGUUUAACAACGAGGCUUGGAACCAAGAAAAGAAAGCAAGGAAGCAAAGAAUGAAAGACUGUACAUAAACAUGGUGAUGAUAUAAAUGGAGACAAAGCAAAAUCGGGACAAUAAAAUAAUUUAAUCCGUGCUUGAUUGGAGAUUUCUUUUGGCGAUGCCUUAAUAUGUAUUAGUAUGUAAAUUCCUGUGGGGCCCGCCCGACUGUUUUGCAAAGUCGUGAGAUAAGAGAAUUGUGGCGGGUUUGUGAAUUUGCGAUCGGUUGUUUUGGGGUGAUGAAUAUGGAUUUUAGUUUGCAUGCAUUUAUUUUGCUUUAGAUGUAUGAAGGAACCUGGGGAAAAUGGUGAAAUGUAUUAAGCAAAUUUUUUUCUUUGAAUUAGGUUAUCUUGUUUAUUUCUUGUGUGUGUAUAUGAUUUUGUUUGUUUUGUCUGAGAUUGUUUAUGUGGACAAAAGGCAAUCAUAUAUUGUUUUGAGGACAAUGCAGACAAUUUGAAUAAGAUACA